GCAAUCGGUCACUCGUCCCAUUCCAUCGACGGUCGCCGAGCAGCCCACUACCCACGCCGCUCUGCCCUACAAGUACGACGCUUCACCUCCCCCUCAACAUCGCCCUCACACAAGUCCAGUUCAUCGUUUUUGUUCCAAGUUUGCGCGUACACUUUAGAUACAAUACGAAAUGGCUAACCGUUCCACCUCUGUCGCUGCUUUGCUGGCCGUCAUCGCCGCCGCCACCGUCUUCCAAGCCACGUCCGCUUACGUGGUGCCCGAAGUGGUCAUGAUGAGGAUAAAGCGCAACCCAGAGCCUAUGCGCUCGUUUUCGUUCAGCGGUUUCAAUCCCAACGGGCAGAUGUCCGCGUUCACCGGCCUGGCCGAGUAUCCGAUGUUCGGCGGCAGCUACGGACAGGCCAGUCCGUACAGCUACGGGCCGCAGCCGGCCACGCAAGACCCUUACGGGUCGCCGGCGGCCACUCAGGACUCCUACGGGCCGCCGCCGUCGGGCGUCGCGGGACAGCAGACGCCGGCCGCCGACUCGGCCAACAAACAGCAAGAGUACGGGCCGCCGAAAUCGGGCGCAUCAGUCGAUUCCAAGGAACAGAUAAACAACAGCGUUGAACAAGGGGACAACAAAAAACAGUACAGAGGUCGUGAUGGUCCGAGCAGCAAUGCGGAAGCUUCGUUCAAUGCUUGGUUUCCCAUAAUGUUCGGUGUAUUCCCCAACGGUGCAGGUAAUGGUAACGGUCAGUCGGGUAGCCCGAUAAAUCGUGGUAACAACAAUCAAGGACAGGGCCAGGGUCAAGACCAAGGUAACUCGUAUGGGGGCAACGGUUACGAGAGGUCAUCGGGCACGACAGUGAUUGCAAACAGCGUGAGCAACGGCAGACACGGCGUGGCCACUAGUCACGCGAUCGCUUACGGCAAUCCCAGAUCAUCGCAAUAAUAAACGCGACAAAACGUUAUUAUUAGAAUUAGAAAGACCAUCAAUUAUCGAUUUUAUAUAAAAUUAAAAACCCUUUCUAGUUUUCCACGAUAUAUACGUAUAUAUUAUGAUUACGAUGUUAGAUACCGUAAAAUAAGUUAACCACAUACCUAUGUAUAUUGUAUACAUACUUACAAACUAUUUUCAAAUUAUAAUUUAUAUAUAAU